ACCCUCUAAAAUUUAAUUCUCCACCUCCCAUGGGGCCACGUAUAUUAUACCAAGAUUCCAAGUAUAUGAUCAUUAAUCCUCAUCUCUCUCUUUUUCCCCCCCAUUGUUUUCGAUCUGCUCUAUCUAUAAAUACAUACCAUAUAUAGUGCCUCUGUCGAGCUAGCCCACAAACUUCUUUUUCAGAAAUGGAAAACUCAAUGAGCUGCAAGCCAAUAAUCUCUUCUUCUUCUAAUGAGAAAACAACUGAUCAUGAUAGCUUUGAAGAGAGUGGUUGGACCAUGUACUUUGAGGAUUUCUUUGCCCAAAACAAUGAAGAGGAUCAUAAUCAUGAUCGAUAUGAACAUGGUUCUUUCUCGUAUGAUCAUGAUAGGAGUUCUUCACUAGUCUCUGAUGCUGCUUCUUUGGUUGUGAAGAAGUCUGCUGGUGAUCAUCUUGGUGAACAAGUUGUUGGGCUACCUAUUAAUAAUAACAGAAGUUUCAAAUACAGUUUAAGUUUCAAGAAAAAAAGAACCAAAGGAGCUUUGGUUGAUGAUGCUUUGGAGGAUACUGCUAGUUCUCCUGUUAAUAGUCCCAAGGUUUAUGAUGAUAUGAUGAUAAACCAAUACAAAAGGAACACAAAACAGAAAGAUAACAAGGAAAUUUCACAGGACGAAGGAAGUGCUUCAAGGCAGGUAGAUAAGAGAAGUGAUUUUGGUUUUAUUGGAGGGGGAAGUGACAACACAGCACUGAAGAAAAGGGGUCUUUGCUUAGUUCCUCUGUCCAUGGUAGUAAAUUAUCUUGGUUAAAUCCACCUUUUCUCGGCAUCUCUCUCUCUCUCUCUCUCUCUCUCUCUCUCUCUCUCUCUCCCCCCCCUCUCUCUCUCUCUCUCUGGACCACUCUAGCUAGUACCCUGUUGUAUGGCAUUGCAUGAACAAAAAGGAUGUGAUGGGAUUAAGACCCAUCAUCAUCUUUGUGGCAUUUGAUAAUAUAUAUAUAUAAAUAUUGGUAUUAAGUUCAUGCCAAACCUUCUCUCAUUGUGUAUGCGAAGGGGUAUGAGGAAACAUCUCUGUAACGUCAGGGAUAUUAGCGAAAUUUGAAGGGUUUUAAAGCAGAAGAAGUUUCUCCUCA